CAAAACUGGUAGUUGAAAACAAAUCGAAAAAACUUAAAAACAACGAUUUUACAAAAGAAUUACUGAAGUCAUGCAAAAUAUCGAGUUAUUAUAAAAAGUGCUGCAUUUACAAUCGAUAAAAUGGCUCCGCCCCCCGUGGUAACAGGCUUAUCCCCAAAUGAAGGGCCCCCUGGUACUCGAAUAAAAAUAAGGGGCGAGCAUUUCGGUACUAAGCCGACCGAUCUCAUAGGAUUGACCAUCUGCGGGAUAGACUGUUUGUUGGCGUCCGAAUGGAAGUCUGAGAACAAAAUUAUUGCCAUUUCGGGUCCAGUUAAGGGAAAAGGGGAUGUCAUCGUUACAACUAGACUUGGAGGUAUAGGAACAUGUAACGUUACUUUUAGAGGAUAUCAACUAGCUACGAUAGGGCCUAUGAAGGAGAGUGCAGUGUGGGUCGAAGAAGUACCUUUCUACUCUUGGGGAAGGCAUUCUUUAAGUCCUAGUAGUUAUCAGCAAGAAGACCCACUUGGACUGUCCGUAGAUGAAACUGAAAAUAAAGUAAAUGAAGAGGAUUUGAUGACUUACUUCCCAGGAAAGUCGAGCGAUAUUGCCAGUACAAAUUUCUCAUCGGGGUGGUUUCUUUUAGAGAAUCACCAGGCUACUAGUUUUAGUGACUUACAAGCUGGAUUAAAUCAUUUGAGGAGGAAAGUACAAGGACAGAAAGAAGGUCAAUUGUCUUUUUUGAAAGCUAACAUAAAUUCCGUCAUGGACCAAGUCGACACACUUGUUAACUUGAAAGAGAGGUAUGAAAGUGAUUUAUCGAAAUACGGCUCCGAACCCACUCUGCGGUUAGAGAAAGCUAUAAAAGAAUCAGAACGAGAAGCUAGGAAGCUAUUCGACGAUGUUUUAGCAAGAAAGGAUAGAGCAGAGAAGACGAGAAAUGCCUUAAAUGUUUUACAAAGGUUCAAAUUCUUAUUCUGCUUACCAUGCGUAAUUGACAGGAACAUAAAGAAGGGAGAAUAUGACAUUGUUAUAAACGAUUAUAUAAGAGUGAAAAAUUUAUUCCACAAAACUGAUAUUCCUAUAUUCAAAGAAGCCUUAAAUGAAGUUGAAAAACGCAUAAUCGACCUACAAAAGAAGUUGCACGCAGAUCUACAAACUAUGCCGAUUACAGUUGAGCAACAGAAACGACUGAUCCGUUACUUAGUGAAUCUAGAUUCACCUUACGACCCAGCUUGGGAUGCUAUAAAAAGUCGUUCGGAAUAUAUCAACAAGAAAUUUAAACUUAUAUACAAUUUUCACAAGUCUCAGGAUAAACCUGAAAGUAAUAAGAAGAGUAAUUCAUCCACAAAAUAUUCCAAGUAUAAUACUCCACAGCAGACAGAGGUACCAGCAGUACCAGCCUGCAUUAAUUUCACUGAUGAAAUUUGCGUCACGAUUUCCGAAAUAUUCCCCGAUUUGUGGAAGAUUGGUCAGGCAUAUUUUUCAGGCGAACUACAAGUCAAAGUAGAAGCAGGGAGACAGGUCGAAUAUAAACACAUGGUCAUGUCGGUCAUAGAAAUGUUCUGCAAAUACGUAAGAGCUAGCAUCAUCCCCAGCACAUUAGACAAAGCGGAAAGGCCGCAAUUCGGUUCACUGAGCGCGCCCGAAAGAGACCAAAUCGCUCUGUAUUUACCGGAACUGUUAAGGUCAGUACGUUCCACUUACGCUACAUUAAUAAAGUUAGAUUUGCCCAACGAGGCAUUAGAUAUAGUAAGUUUGUUAUUGUUAGAUUUAAGAAUCCAUUGCAUGAGUAUUCUGUUUCAACAAGCUAUGGAACAGAUAAAACAGUUAUCUGAAACGUGGAAGAUAAACUUUGGGGGCAAACACAGCGGAAUCACAGAACUACCGUUGAAGUUCUUGCAGCUGAUCGAGGACGUGAUCCAAAUUGUGAAAGAAUCAGCGCUAUCGGCUGAACAACGAGAGACUUUCCUAUUAGAUAAUCCGACUGCUCAGAGAGAGCUUGAAAAACAGCUGGAUUGUAUUUUAACAGCUUUUCAUAACGUGUUGAAUAACUUAUCUUCGAGUGAGGAUUAUGAAGACGGUGACGAUAGCUCGCCUGUAGUCUCUCAGUUGAUAGGAACCCCUGUCAGUAGUCAUAAAGUGAACAGCAUUAAAACAAACGUACCAACUUGGGAGCACCGUUUGUUGAUAACUUUAUCCAACUGUCUGUUUACUAAGAAUACAAUAUUAGACACCGUUUCCACUAAAUUCAAGGAAGGCGGUUUUCCUCACGUGGACGUCCCUAUAAGAAAUGCCAAAAUUAAGUUGGAAAACUUGGAAAAAUCGAUCCUCGACAAAUACCUAGAACAAAAGAGCGAUCCUUUAGUUGGCACGAUAGAACCGUCGAUGUACUUAGGACGUUUCGACUGGGAUACAAACGUACCGGCAACGGACAUCCGUCCUUAUGCAAAAGAAUGCAUAAACAACCUUAUCAGCGUCCACUCGGAAGUUAACAAUAUUUCCGCAAAGUUAUUAGAUAGCGUUCUACCCAAAAUCGUUGAAACUAUUGCCGAAGAAUUAUACAGGCUCAUGUCGUGCGUUCAGAAAUUUAGUAGGGCAGGUGCGCAACAAGCAAGAGCCGAUAUAUGCGUCCUACAGGAGUUUUUCGAAGGAUAUUUGUCAGGAAGUGCCAAGGGAUAUUUUCAGGAAGCUCUAGAUGUCAUACCAGAGUUAGAAACAAUGGAGACGACUGUUAUUCAGGACAUCUUAAGGCAGUCGAAAGCCAAAAUGAGAAUACAGUUGUUGUGCUUAAAGAGGAGGUCCACGGAAAAUAGGAAUUAAAUGUGGCGGCACUUUUAUUUCUAUUUUGCAGUUAAAGUUUUAGACUGUUGUAUCAAAGCUGUUAUAGCAAAUUAUCUCUCCUGUGAUAAUUAUUUUUUAUUUGUCGCUUAACAAAGAUGCAAUUAAUGUUGAAAUACAAGAUAUUUAAAUAUGAAAAAAUAGUAACUAUAGAUAUUAAGGAAAAAACGUAAUGCUAAUAAAUUAUUCUUAAAAUUUAUUUACACAUGUAAUGUUAAUGAAAUGUACAAUGUACAAUUUUACAGUGGUUUUAUGCAGAUAUUUAUUACAUCAUGCAAGAUAUAUCUUGACAUUUACCAUGUGUAGGAUAUAAAUAAGGUGAUAAAAUAGUAUAUCGGCAUAUAGUUAUUUGUUAUUUGUACCUAAACUCUGCACCGUACGGUAAAUAUUAAGACUGCUUAAGUCUAACAAUAUCAAAAAACAUGUAUAUAUGGUAUUUUUAUUAUUUAAAGCUUUGUAAUAUGUAUCGUAAUGUAUUUAACUUAAUACUUAUUCUUU